GGGUGGCUCGCUGAAGCUGUCAGCUAGAUUGGAUGUUUGUGGCCUCGUCUUAUGAUGAUCCUGUUAUCUUCUAUCCUCCAAUGAUGCCCACCAGGUGCUCGGUGGGUGUACAUGAUGCUGCUUUCUCCUUCUCCAAGCAUGUGGUAGAGGUUAUUAUGAGCAUCCAUCCAUCCAUCCAUCCAUCCAUCAACGCAAGCCAACGUAAGGUUGCACCGAUGAGUAGGUCGGGGGCUUUAAAGAAAAGCUUGGAGUUUGAAGGCUUUGCUGCUUCGGUGAGACCCACAUCAUGCCGAGAGCUUACAAAAAGCCGGGGAGAGAGAGAGAGCGAGAGAGAGAGAGUGGGAGAGGGCAAAGGAAAAGCUAAAAAGUUUCAUCGCCAUGCCAGGAUCCUUUGCUUUCUCCCGCUUUGUUAUUAUAUCUGCAUGCAAUCACCACGGCAUGCUGCUUUUCCUGCGCUUCUGCUAGUUUAUUUGCAUGCAAUCCAUUGCCCCACUACAAAACCAUGAGAGCCCCUUUGCGCCAUGUUCUGUUCCUGGGUCGAAGGUUGCAGGUUGAAAGGGAGUCAGGAGACGGUUGCUAAAGAAAGACAGGAUAGAGAUGGAGAAGAAUGCGUUGGUCGGGGUGGGAGAAGAAGAAGAAGAACAUGAAGACAGAUGUAGGGAGUACAGAAAAGGGAACUGGAGUCUUACUGAGACCAUGGUUCUGAUCGAGGCGAAGAAGAUGGAUUACGAGAGGAGGGCGCAGAGGUUGAAGGAGUUGCCGCGGGGCAGCAGCGGCAUCGGCAGUAGCAGGCCACAAGAGAUGAGGUGGAAGUGGGUGGAAGACUGUUGCUGGCGACAUGGGUGCUACAGGAGCCAAAACCAGUGCAAUGACCGGUGGGAUAAUCUCAUGAGGGAUUACAAGAAGGUCAGAACAUAUGAGCUGAGCUUGAGCGCCGGAGGAAACCCAGGUUUAUCUUACUGGAAGCUCGAGAGGCAUGAGAGGAAGGAGAAGAACCUGCCCUCCAAUCUCUUGCCUGAGAUAUACGAAGCCUUAACCGAGGUCGUGCAGAGGAGAGCCAUGGUGGAGAAGGCGAGUGGUGGUGGUGCAUGUGUGGCCGCCGCGAGGCCAGUGCAAGAGGAGAGGCAACUCGGGGGCGCCUCAGCUUCGAUGCAGCACGGCAGCCCAGGUGCAGGAUCACAAGCUCCGGAACCGCCAAUGAUUGCGCCGCCCCUUCCUCCUUAUCCUCCGCCACAUUCUCGACCAAUGGCCACCAUAGAUUCCGAAGACAGUCAGCAUUCAGUAUCACCAGAGAGGAAGAGAAAACGAGGAGGAGGAGGAGGCAGCAGCAGCAGCAGAAGCAACACCAUGGAGCUGAGUUCUGCGAUCUCGAAAUGUGCUUCGAUCAUAGCAGAGGCGCUGCAAGCAGGAGAGCAGAAGGAGGAGACCAGGCACAAAGAUCUGGUGAGCAUAGAGGAGAGGAAGGCCAAACUGGAGGAGUCAAAGUCAGAGAUGAGCAGCCAGUCCAUGGAUGGCCUGGCUUCUGCCAUCAACAAGCUUGCCAGCUCAAUCCUUGGUUUGGCCACUGACAGGAUGCAGAAGCUCCAGAAAUAAAUGAACAAAGAACCUGAUUGUAGGUGUCACACAAAAGUCCAGGGCCAGGAAAGGAGAGUGAUUUGGUACACUCACCACUGGCUAAGCUCCUCCAUCAGCCAUUCCAUUCUCACUUCCAAUCAUUAAUCAUGCUGGGCUUGUGGGAAUCUCUGCUGUGACUUUGAGGUCAUGAUUGCUUCACAACUGCUCAUGGAGAGAGAUGCUCUCUCUCUCUCUCUCUCUCUCUCUCUCUGUGCAUGGCACAUGACACAGUGGCAUGAAAAGGGUGGGGAGCUGCAGAGAGAUUGAGAUUUGUAUGUGUCAGUUUAGAUAUAUGUAUUCUGUGCUGAACUAGGUAGGUUAUCUCUAGCUAAAUCUACUUAGAAAAAGUGUCAGCGCUUGGAUUCACCAAAUCACUCGAAAGCCUCGAGGAGAGAGAGGUGGCUUUUACUUUGUGUCAGAGAUGCUUUGUUUUGUUGUAUCUGUGAACCCACCCACAAGUACUUGGAAUGCAGGGGGAGACAGUGCAGUGGUCAAAGCAAUUUGUUGUGGGAAAUUACAGCCAUGCCCACACACUCUCUCUCUCUCUCUCUCCUCUGUGGAUUGAAUGAGUCCUAUGAGUUGGCUGCAGUUUAU